CCGGAAAACCUUCCACGUCGUUACAUCGUCCUUAUACGCGCCGCCGUCAACGAGAUCGUAAAGGGGCCCGCGACCUACGCACCCCUCGACCCCUAAUUUCGGUGUCCAUAUUUUUUCUUUUUUUUUCAUUUUCGAAUUACCGCGAUCAGUUCGCAUUGUCUGAAGUUUAACGCGAACGAUUUAUAAAAAAAAAAGGAUAAUAUAUCAAGGAAGAUAUAUACAUAUAUAGUGCAGUGUCUUUGAAUCAAUGGAUCGUCUCUCACCUACGGAUCUCAUUGGAGCUUGAAAGUGUUAAUAUGAAGGCAGAUCUGUGACGGGUGAAUGAGCGCGCGCGUGUAUAUGAGUGCGUAAUCGCGACGAAAGUAUAUCGAAGCAUCAUGCGAAGUGCCGCGAGAUACCGAGACGCGCGUUCCACCCGUUCCGCGUCGCUUCUUUGCGUCCUCCUCAUCGCCGUCACCGACGUUCGUGGAUUAAGCAAUGUGUCGAUCGAUAUUCCAUUGGCAGUGGCAGCUGGUACUACAGUCAACAUGUCCUGCAAAUACGAUCUACAAUCGGAUACUCUUUACACUGUCAAAUGGUACAAGCAGGGCGCGGAAUUUUUUCGAUAUGUCCCCAAGGAAAUGCCACCAAUUGGAGUGUUUGGGGAACUUGGAGCAAGAGUCGUGACAAAUCGGAGCGAUGCACAUCGAGUAGUCCUAAAGGAUGUACAGCCCAAUCAUACUGGCAAAUAUCGUUGCGAAGUCUCCGGAGAUUCUCCCUCGUUUAAUACCGUAAUGGUCUCUGGUUAUAUGCACGUAGCUAGUCUGCCGAACGGCGAACCGCAGCUGCGGGUCGAGAAGAUGCAAUAUGCGGUAGGUGAUACUGUACGUGGAAACUGCACGGUACCGUCGGGAAAUCCUCCGGCUAACGUGACGUGGACUGUCAACGGCACACCGGUGAACUCAAAUUUCAUCAUGAAUGUCACUCAGAAAAUUAACGACAGUCAACAGUACAUGAUAAUUGCUGGAUUGGACUUCGAGACGAUGCAGGAUAGUUACAGCAACGGCAAAUUAAAGAUUGUGUGUCAUGCUAAUGUCUUUCAUUUAUAUAAAGAAACGGCUGAGGUAUCUCUGAAGGAAGAACGUCCAAGAUUGGCUUCUGUAUUAGGAACACGGGAAUCCUCUUACGUUGGUACGAGUAGCGCAGCCAAGAGCACCGCAGAAUACUUCUACAUCACUGCCAUGACUGCACUGUUGCUAUGCAGCCUGAGAUAACAUCAAUGAGCUCAAUACGUUUUACGCGCAUGAUUGUAUUGGGAUGAAGGGAGUAAAUCGUUUGUAAAAUUUUGAAAUUACUAAAUGGGAUAAAACCUGGGAAAGAGGAAAUCUUUUGUUGAAAUAAAUACUAAGCGUAUGUUAUUCGUGUAAAUAGGAUAAAGGAAAAGAUUUAGUGAAUUAUCUACGUGUACGCGAUCUACGUCCGCCCCGCGGGUAGAUUUGUAAUCAUGAUAAAUAACAUGUCGUAUUAUUAUGUAAUAGAUCGACAAGAUGUCGCGCCAAACUACCGACGACUUAUUUGAAUAUUGUAUCGUCUUUUCUAUCCUCUGAUAAUGAUUUUGAUACCUCCUCUGUAACAUUGUGACAAUCGCAAUGUGUCCUGUCAUGGUUAUAGGUAAACACUGUUAUUGUUCAUAAAUAACAUUUUAUUUCAAUGAAAUAUAAAUAAAUGAUUCACCUUCGUUAUUUUAAUCUUUAGUAUUAACCCUAACCUUCUU